AUGCAGAGAGAGAAAGAGAGAGAGAGGCAGUAAUUCAUUAUCAGCAGUGAUGGCCUGCAUGCCUGGUUAGCAUAUUUCGGUGGCUGUUCGUAAUUCAAACUGUCAUGGAGAGAAGAAAUGAGAAGUUAUUCUCUAGAAAAAGAAGUUUCACAUUCGGAGCUUAUGGAGGGAUUGACAAAUUCAUCACUGGAACCGAGAGCAGCUGCGCUGAAUCUGUGGGGCACAGCAUACUGGACAUUUUAGAUUCUCCCUCCAGCGAGCCUCAGCCUCUCACCUCUGCCACAUCAAGUCAGAAGGUGACAGAAUUGUUUGCCAUAAUUGAAAAGCUACAGGGUAGCAGAUUGGAUGAACAGCGCUGUGAAUUCCCACCACCUUUUAAGUUACAAUUGAUCACCCAGACACGGCUCUUAAAGAUUGGAGAUGGUUUGCCUCUCAUCCUCCCCCCAAAAUCUGGAGGCUAUUGGAUCGACCCUCCCCUGGACAGACACGUGGAGACCAGUCCAACUCUCUCACAUGGGGGGUUUGGCCUGGAGAGCUACGAUAUCAUGGAACGAGACAGUGAGGCUAAAAUGUUCCAGGAGUUCUUCCGCCACAGAUAUCAUCAUUCGUUCACAGCGUCUGACCCCUCCAUCGGGCCGCUAGUUUUGUCUGUUUGCCUUGAAGAAGAAGAAAAUCGCCUGCGAGUCAUUCUGAGGAUGAAGGAGUGCUCUCUUCAUGGAACAUUCUCAGUUUCUCUCUUUCAACACUUCCCCACAGCCGUACAGCUGUCUAAGAUGCUGUGCUCGAGUGUCAGCGUGUCAUGUUUUGAGCCUGUCAGUUACUUAAAGGCCCCUGAGCUUAUAAUGGCAUUUGAUGAACACAGGGUGUCACAAAACUUUAAAUUUGGUGUUUUAUACCAGCGCGAAGGACAGUUGACAGAGGAAGAUAUUCUCGGUAACAAUGAGGAAAGUGAGGAGUUCUUGGAGUUUCUUUCAAUACUAGGGCAGACGAUCAAACUGCAAGGAUUUACUGGAUUUAAGGGAGGUCUGGAUGUGUCUCAUGGCCAAACAGGAGAUGAGGCAGUUUUCACCUCCUUCCACGGUAGAGAGAUUAUGUUUCAUGUUGCCACUAAACUCCCCUUCACUGAAGGUGAUACCCAACAGCUGCAGAGAAAGAGACACAUUGGGAAUGAUAUCGUUGCCUUGGUUUACCAGGAGGGUCACACCCCCUUUAUCUCGGAUGUGAUCAGAUCCCACUUCUUGCAUUGUUUCAUUGCUGUGCGGAGGAUAAAGAGAGAAAGUGAGGGAGAGGGAGGGGACGGAGGAUCAUUUCAGGUGUCUAUCACGGGCAGGGAGGAUGUGCCCCCAUUUGGCCCGCCUCUUCCUUCACCACCUAUUUUUACAGAGGGUUCUGUUUUGAGAGAGUUCCUCCUAACCAAACUUAUAAAUGCUGAAAUCUCUUGCUACAAAGCUGAGAAAUUCAGUCGACUGGAGUUACGCACACGUUCAUGUCUGUUGGAAGCACUCCGGUCUGAACUAUCUUCUCGCUCUCAAUGCAUGCUGGGAGAGUCGACACAAUCCAGCAUCCCCCUCGCUGAAGGAGGAAAAUGUGUUCCAGAGGGUGGUGGGGGAUUCAUUGAGAACUUUAAGAGAGCAAUUAGGGUGCGUAGCCACUCAUUCGAUACCUUGGGAGUACCAAGGAAAGCAGGUGGUGUGGCAGGACAGAGACCAAAGGAAGGUGAAAGUGACCAGACAAACAGACCUGAUAACGGCACUGAGGUGAAAGGUCAAAUGAGUCCACAAGAUGACCUAUAGUGUGAACAAUUCUGAGGCCUGAAGAUAAGCACUUGCUGUUUUUGAAGAGACAAUGCAAAGCACAAUUAAUAGCACAUUUAACUAUAACCGUGUGUGUACUUAGGCAAGUGGUAAAUAGCUCUAAAAGCAGUAUUAUAUAUUUUUAAGUGUCAUAGUUCUGCUAUAAAGCUAAUCUAGAGCUCUACCCAGUUCGGAUAGGUUUUUUAUUUUUUGGAUUGAUCAUUGAAGUAUUUCCUCCACAAUCAUGUGUAUUGUCAGUAUUUUAAGGUAUUCAUAAUAUACUUCACUUUAAUGUGCAAAUGCAUAAGAAAUAAAUCUCAUUUCUUUUAA